AUGGAUCACUUCGGUAAAUCGAUGAACGAUCUUGCCAGUCGAGUGGCUGGUCUACAGAAGCGGCAAGAUUCCCAGAAGCGUCGCUUAGUAGAUACACGAGAGGAGAUCCGACGCCAGCUUGAGCAACAGGAAGUGAGUUAUCUCCAUCCUAAAAACAUCUUCUGUCUGACUAAAUUUCUGAGUUUUUAUGUUUGGACGAAUGCGCUUUUGCUAACUUACACAUGUUUUCUAUUUCUUCGAAUAGUGCAGUUUUACCCAUUUGUGCUUAGCUUCACACUUGUGUUCUUGUGCGUUUUUAUUUUAGUGUCUGCAUGCAUAUGUGUGUCUAAGUCAAAAUAUUUGGUAUUUAGGCAUGCAUCGGUCCUGUUUUUAACUGUUUGCAGUUGA